AUGGAGAUCAAGAACGACCGCAAGACGGGAAUGGUGACUGUACAACAAACCAAGUUCCUCAAGUCCGUGUUGACCAAGUUCGGAAUGGAUAACAACAAGCCAGUGAAGACGCCUCAAGAUACCGGUCUGAAGCUCACCAAGAACAUGUGUGACCAAGAAUGCAAGCACGAAGACACCAUGUGCAACGUGCCAUAUCGAAGUGCUGUCGGAGGCAUCAUGUAUCUCAUGGUCGCCACACGUCCGGAUCUAGCUGCUGCAGUGGGAUCAUUAUCCCAGUUCUCGUCCGACCCAUGCCCGACUCACUGGAAAGCUUUGAAGCGUGUGCCGAUAUACCUGCAAGCAACGCCCAAUCACGGUCUUGAGUUCACACGUGAAGAAGGAAGCCGUAUCAGCGGGUUCAAUGACGCAGACUGGGCCGGCGACAAUGAGUCAAGACGAAGUACAAGCGGCUAUGUGUUCAUGAUGAACGGAGGCUGCAUCAGCUGGAAAAGCCAGAAACAACGGACGGUCGCGCUAUCUUCAACGGAAGAAGAAUACAUGGCGCUUUCCGAAGCAACCAAAGAAGCAGUAUGGCUCAAAGUGCUUUUGGGGGAACUUGGUGAGAUGACAAGCGACGAAGCGAUCAAGAUGUAUGAAGACAACCAAGGAUCAAUCGCUCUCGCCAAUAACCCGGAGUUCCAUAAGAGAACAAAACACAUCGACAAACGCUACCAUUUUGUGCGGGAGAAGGUGGAAUCGGGCGAAGUCGUUUUGGAGUAUUGCCCGACUCAAGAUAUGCUGGCGGACAUGAUGACCAAGCCGAUCGCCGCUGUACAAUUUGAAAACAUUCGCGAUCGACUCGGGAUCCAAGACGACGCAGCUAACGAGUCGAGAGGGAGUGUUGGAACGACGGCGGCUGUGAAGAAGACACCUCGUCAAGCUGCGUCAAGUGUUGAAGCAAGCCGAAGACCAAGCUUCAAUAUAGUGGUGGGUACCGGUUUGUACCAGUAA